AGUGAAAGUAGCCCAGAAGGAUCCAGUAAUUCCUGUUAUCAGCAGGCUUUAUAAGUCAGUGAGCCAGGAUCUGUCUCUUCAUUCAGACGGACGUCCCAAGAGAACAAAGAUGUCCCUGCACCGGGCUUCCUUGUGCCUCGCUUCCUUGCUGCUCUUCUCUCUUGCCCUCCAUAGUGCCCUGGCCCUGAAGCUCUGCUCCUUCAAUGUGAGAUCAUUUGGAGAGAGGAAGAAGGAAAACCACAAUGCCAUGGAUGUCAUUGUGAAGAUCAUCAAACGCUGUGACCUUAUACUCCUGAUGGAAAUCAAGGACAGCAGCAACAACAUCUGCCCCAUGCUGAUGGAGAAGCUGAACGGAAAUUCACGGAGAAGCACAACCUACAACUACGUGAUUAGUUCUCGACUUGGAAGAAACACAUACAAAGAACAGUAUGCCUUCCUCUAUAAGGAAAAGCUGGUAUCCGUGAAAGACAAAUACCUCUACCACGACUAUCAGCAUGGAGACGCCGAUGUCUUUUCCAGGGAGCCCUUUGUGGUUUGGUUCCAGUCGCCCUUCACUGCUGUCAAGGACUUCGUGAUCGUUCCCUUGCACACGACGCCUGAGACUUCCGUGAAAGAGAUUGAUGAGCUGGUUGAUGUCUACACGGAUGUGAAACGGCGGUGGAAAGCACAGAAUUUCAUCUUCAUGGGUGAUUUCAACGCUGGCUGCAGUUAUGUCCCCAAGAAGGCCUGGCAGAAUAUCCGUUUGAGGACUGACCUCAACUUCAUUUGGCUGAUUGGGGACCAAGUGGACACCACAGUCAAGAAGAGUACCAACUGUCCCUAUGACAGGAUUGUGCUUCGAGGACAAGAGAUAGUCAACUCCGUGGUUCCCAAUUCAAAUGGCGUCUUUGACUUCCAGAAAACUUAUCAGUUGUCUGAAGAGGAGGCCCUGGAUGUCAGUGACCACUUUCCAGUUGAAUUUAAACUCCAGUCUUCAAGGGCCUUUACGAACAACAGAAAAUCUGUUGCUCUAAAGAAGAGAAAAAAAGGCAAUCGCUCUUAGGUACCAUGGUGCCAUUUUUUUUUAAGUCACUCCUUGCUUCUAAAUAAAAUGGCUCUCAUAGGUCUAAACUAUCUGCACACUCUGCACACUCAGGAAUUAAGAAUGGCCGGGCUAAUUCCAUUGUUUAUCUUAGUUCAUUCCACCUGGAGCCAAAUUGGGAGAAGAGUCUUCUGUUAUGCCUCUUUGACCCCACACCAUCACUAGUACCUACCACUAGUUAGGUAGCAGGUCAAAUGUCAGCUGUCAGCCCUAGCUGUCAGUGCUCACAAGACAGUCCAGUUUCCCAGAAAUGAGCAGAAAUGUCAAGACUCAAAUCAUACCUCAUGAUGUCUCAGUCAGACUCUGCUUCAUCCUGCUGGGGUCGGGCAAUUGUGACAUCUAUCAGGAAUGAAGAAUGAGGUCCACUCCUACUGUGUAGUCCUGGCUCCAUUGUCCUAACUCGAUCAACCUAGUAACCUCCAGUGUCACCCUUUUCAUUUUCAAGUAAGAACACUGUCCAUUCCCUACCCACAGCCCACCCCUUCCCCACGGACCACACCUACCCAUAGACCAUAUCUACCCUACCCACAGCCCACCCCUUCCCAUAGACCACCCCAACCCAUAGAUCACCCCUACUUGCCACCCACCUCUACCUACAACCCACCCCUACCCAUAGACUACCCUUACCCACAGCCCAUCCCUACCCAUAGACCACACCUAUUCAAGACUACCCUUACCCACAGCCGUGCCCAUAAGUCAUUGCCAUGUCCUGAGCUCAGUCUUCAGACACCAUGAAGGUUUCUAAAGAAGAGGGAAAAAAAGGCAAUCACUCCUAGGUACCAUGGUGCCAUUUUUUUUUUUAAAAAAAAGUCACUUCUUGCUUCUAAAUAAAGUGGCUCUCAUAGGCCUAAACUAUCUGCACACCCAGGAAUUAAGAAUGGCCCAGCUGAUUUCAUUGUCCACCUGAGUUCAUUCCACCUGGAGCCAAGUUGGAAGAAGAGUCUUCUGUUACGCCUCACUUUGCACUGGAUGCUCCAAAAGGGUCUUCCCUUCCUACCCCCUUUUCCCUUUUCUCUUCUUCCUCCCCCCAACUCCCUGAAGAGGUUCUACCUUGUGUUCACUGUCCUCUCCCAAGUGACCCCUGUCUCAUAUCCCGUGUCCCCGCUACCAUAUUUACCACAUUGUAUUUGUCCUGGGGCCAGCACCGGAGCUCACUGAAAGUCCAGGAAUGGCAAAUUCCAUUGACUGACUUGGACUUGAGGCUUUGUUCUCUCUUUGCCACUCUGGAAACCAGCAAUGUAGCGCCAUUUUGCUUAUAUUCAGGGUGCCCAUUUUUGUGUAUUUUGCUUUGUUUUCCAUGAUAUUCUUUUUUUAUUCUUUACUUUACUUGUACAUGAACAGGAGCAGUGAAAAGCAAUGGCACUUCUGGCUCUACUCCUAGUGUCUUGUCUCAGAAGCAACCUUUUCACACAGCUUCUGUGGUCUUCCUAAAGGUGUUCAUGCAUAAAUGAGUACCAUGUGUAAUCUUAAGAAAUACAAAAUGUAUCACACUGUA